CGGAUUUUUCCGCUUGCAUUUGCAUUAGUGGAGGGGGAGAACAGCUUAAGUUGGGCUUGGUUCUUUGACCAACUGCACGAGCACGUGACACAGCGGGAAGAUAUUACGAUUAUAUCCGAUCGACAUGCGGGGAUAAGGAAUGCUGUUGGUGGUUUUCCCGACGAGUGGGGGUGGAGAUGGAGAUGGUGUAUUCGACACUGGCUCGCCAAUUUCCAACACAAAUUUGGGAAGAAGAAAGACAUCAAGAAUCUACUUUGGAAUCAGUUGCACAUCAACCAAAAAAGUACGAGGAGAAGAUGAAAACGAUCCGUCAUACCCACCGAGCUGGAGCAGUAUGGGCUGAAGGUCAAGAGUUGCCCAUGUGGACGUUCCAUAUGGACAACGGGGCCAGAUGGGGCAUUGCAACUACCAACCAUGGAGAAAGUAUAAAUAAUGUGUACAAGGGUCUUCGAGCGAUGCCUAUUUCUGUCAUCGUGGAGAUGUCUUACUGGAAGGUCAACGAGUGGCGAGUUGCUCGGCUACAGCUAGCAAUAGGGAGGGAGUUGCAAGGUCAUUCAAUAGCACAUGACGUAUUCGCUCAAAAAAUGGCGCAACAUUCCCAAACCUGUCCUCGCUAUAUAGGGCUCCAACCUUGGAUGCCAAGCGGGCAAGUUAUUGGUCCCUUUAUGAACCACGGGAACAAGCGAUUCCUAAAAAAAAUAGGGAAAACAACAAAUUAGAUUAAAUAAAGCAAAAUAAAAC